GGGAGCAGUAGUUCAGUACGUACUUACGCUUAUGGAAUGUAAGUGGCCUUGUGCGGAGUUGGCCAGAUGGCGGCACGUUCAAAAAGCCUGUGUUGACCACCACAAUCAAACCGGCGCACUCCGUACUCUAUUCCCAAAAUGCCUGAAGCACAGGAUAUGUUUCGUGUAUCGCCUUGGAUAACUUAUGACCCAUCAUCCGACGCUCGCGCCGAAACCCUCGCUCGCAACAUGGACGCUCCGCAAAUCUCUACCCUUCCCGACACACCGGAGCCCGCGCCCGCGCGCACAUCCAAGUUCAGGGUGAAGCUACUUGUCAACGAGGGCAAGAGGGCUAGCUCUCACUCGAGCACCGCCCCUCACGCCCGUACAAAGCGAGCGAGCGAUGAAGACGAGGACGAAGAUGAGGAGGAAGAAGACCAGCUCAUAGACGAUGAUGAUGACGAGCCUAGCAGACCAUCUCGGUCUGCUCAUGCUAUUCAGCCCGCGCCGGUGCCUACUCCUUCAACCAGUGGUCGAGGACAAGCUACGAAGCGUGGGCAAGGCAGAGGCCGCGGCAGGGGAAGAGAUCCGACCCACCUCGUUCACACCGAUUUCUUCGAUCCGAACAUCCCUGGCAGUAGUGCAUUUUCUUUGGUGCCUCCACCAACAGCACCAGUAGCGACCAAGAAGAAAGCCGCUCCGGGAAAAGGCGCUACUGCACAGCGGGCCAUCAAGAAGAGACCUCGAACCGCGAAAGUUACUGCAGCUGCUGUCGUGGCCCCUAUACCGCUCCCUAUACACAGGGAUGACGCGGAAAGCAUCAUCAGCGAGAGCUACCCAGUAACGGCGGCCUCAUCACCAUUGCCUCAUGAGGAACGUACGCCAGAACCUGAUAUGACGAUGCCAACGUCCAUCUACAGCCUGCCAAUGGAUGACGGUUUCACUCUCGACGGCGUUGCUUUUCCGCAGUAUCCCUUGCCAUCGAAACCAUUCCCAGUGCAACCUGCGCCCAAGAUUGGCACGGGCUUCGCGCCAACCAUAGUGCUAGACAAGUCCAAGAAGCCAGUACGACGCUGGAGGCAAGUUAAUCGCGAGGUGCGCGGCAUCGCAGGUGGCCGCUGGUUCACUCGCUCUUGGGUUGGUGAGAAGGAAUCCGACUUCGCUUCUCACCAGACUGCUGCCUCGCAAGCUGUUACACUCGCCGCGCAGUCCGCUGCCGACCGCGCAGAUCGCGAAGCUGCGUCAGCGGCAGCGAUGCUUGCAGCUGGCAUCACGCUGCCUCCCAAACUAGCUGGUACUUCUGCUUCCGCUCCUCCGGGGAGGGGGCCGAGACCCAAAGUUCCCAAAGGAGAGACACCAUUGUCGACAAUGCCUUCCAGUCGUCAAGAUUCGGCGGUCCCGGAGAGCAUAUCCGCCCAAAUCCCGAAGACCGGUAUGGCUCACGGAUCGCUAUCUGACGUCCCAGUCACCCCGGCGCCCCCUGCAUGAUGUUAGAUGUAUGGAAGGUCAUUGCUGAAUUAUCGAGUCCGUCGAGUGACGGAAUAGGUUGACCGGGAUGUUCUACUGGCCCUGCGUGUUUUGCUGUGCUUUCGAUGUAGGUUAUUACGCCACGACGCCUGGACAGUGUAUUCAGUCUUGAAUGUUAUAUGUAUAUUGCGUCCCAGUGUCCUG